UGUUGUUGACACAGCCUGUCUCACGUGUGUGUGAAGUCCCUACACCGGAUCCUGGGUUAGGGCUGGACUUGUUCAUCAGACACAGGUGGGCCUAGUCCCGCCAGAUUCCGACUCAGCUAUAUGGGAUUGUAGUGAGAGAGUCCUGAGGCCACGAAGGGCUGACAUCCAGGGGUCAAGGGCGGUGGUCAUGGGUGGAUGCACCCCUCAGCCUCUCUUUCUCCUUGCAGCUCAGAGCCCUGGCGCUGUGGAGGAGAUUCUAGACCGGGAGAACAAGCGAAUGGCCGACAGCCUGGCCUCCAAGGUCACCAGGCUCAAAUCGCUUGCCCUGGACAUCGAUAGGGAUGCAGAGGACCAGAACCGGUACCUGGAUGGCAUGGACUCGGAUUUUACAAGCAUGACGGGCCUGCUCACGGGGAGUGUGAAGCGCUUUUCCACAAUGGCGCGAUCUGGGCGAGACAACCGGAAGCUUCUGUGCGGUAUGGCCUUGGGACUCAUCGUGGUCUUCUUCAUCCUCUCCUACCUUCUGUCGAGGGCAAGGACGUGAACCAGUGGGAGCUGGCGUCUGUGGGUGCACAGGGCAACCAGCAUCUUCCUCUACUUGGUGUCCUGGGCUCCAGAGGACCUUCCUACAAAAUACUCCUUUGGAACGAUGA